UUCCAAGUCAAGUUGUUUAAACGGUCCUGGUAAGCAAACGGCAAAUCUUACCAGUUUCGGAUACAGCAGACUUGAUAAUGACUGGCUCAGUCUUGACUUCGGUGGAACCGUUGCUUGCCAUUUUGCUCAGAACAACUUUUUCUUUCUUUGGACGCUCAUUUUAAUCCAUACACAAGUGGACACCCUGAGGUCACGUGGGAAAAGCCACCGCGCCUCGACCUUUCUGACCAACCAAUGCCCGAGGAGGACCUCUCACAAUGGUUUGGCAGUGGUAUAAUCGAACACUGACCCGGCAUCCACUUGUCACCCAGUGCAUCACAACAGCCACUUUAUUUGCAACAGGUGACGUGAUUGCCCAGCAUGCUGUUGAAAAAAGAGAUACACAUGACUACGCUCGUACUCUACGGUUGACCGGGUUUGGAGGUGUUGUGGCUGCACCGUUGUUAAGCAACUGGUACAAAUUUCUCGACCGACAUAUUCAAAUGUCUACUCCGGUGAAAGCUCUUUUUGCUAGAGUAGCAUUGGAUCAGCUGUUGUUUGCGCCGUGCUUCAUUGCUGUCUUCUUCUCGGCGCAAGGAGCAUUGGAAGGCAAGAAUACUACUCAAAUCAAAGAAAAGCUUGCCGACGGAUACCCACAGGCGCUGAAAAAUAAUUAUAAGCUAUGGCCUGCUGUUCAAUUUUUCAACUUUUACGUCACUCCACUUAACCACCGUCUCAUGGUCACCAACAUUGUCGCAUUGGGAUGGAACACAUAUCUAUCGACGGCAAAUCAACAAUCGUCGUCUCAUGUAAAUGCUUAGCCCAUAGAGGUUACGGACAGGAUCAAUCAAUGUAUUUACAGUCAGAAGUUUUACUGCUUAUGAAUUAAAGACAAGAAAAAACCAGACAGAUAGUAUAGCGAGUUAUGCUAUUGUUCCUAGGCUGCUCAACUUGAGUUGAUGUUAGAUGGAGGUUGCAUGCAUCACGCAGUCGUCAAUGUGUGCUCUUAAGCUUCCUUAUUUUCAGCAAUCAUA